AUGUCACUGCCAGCCCACCACACAAAGCACCUCCCCGUCCUCGCCUAUCCUUUUCGCUCCUCCCUCUUCCACCUCGCCCAGCUCGACGACGGCCACAGCAACGGCACCGCCCUCUGGCUCGGCGCACAGUGUCUCUCCCUCUACCUCGCCACCCUCCCCUCCGUCACUCGCGCCCAGCCACGCGCUCACCCUCCCAGGGCCGUGGAACUUGGCAGCGGAAUCGGGCUCCUGCCCCUUGCUCUCGCUUCAUUCGGCUGGCAUGUCCUCGCCACAGACGUAGCACACGUCCUCCGUUCCGUCCUCCGCACCAACAUCGCCAGCAACGCUCGCCAUCUCCCAGGCGCGAUCCAAGCCCGCGAGCUCGACUGGACCGUGCCCCCCGAGCACUGGGACUGGGCCAAUGAUCACGCUAUCGCGGCCGCCCAUCGGGCACAAUCAGCCACAGAGUCCGAGACCGCCGGCCGCCUCGCUCCGCCGUUCGACCUCAUCGUGUCCUCCGACACGCUCUACAACCCCGCGCUCGUCGAGCCCCUCCUGCGCUCUCUCCGGGCGCUCGCCGUCGCGUCCGUGAGCAGCACCUCCGGGCGUGCACCGCCCGUGUACGUCUGUCUCGAGCGGCGUGAUCCUGCUCUUAUCGACCACGCGCUCGCCUGCGCGCGCUCCACGUACGAUUUCGACACGGAGCGCAUUCCGCACAAGAAAGUGUCGCGUGCACUCGAGCGCGGCGGUCUCGCGUGGAGCCGCGAGGCCUGGGAGGGCAUCGAGAUAUGGAAGCUCGUGCUCCGUGUGCCUCUCCCCGCACCGACGUCAUGCUGA